AUGCAGUUAAAACUGACGAUCUACCAGGGCGACGUGAACACCGCGUACCUCAACGCGCUACUGGGUAUAAAGCAGUACCUGGAGGACCUAGAUGGGUACCCAUGCGAUGAAGACGGCAUGGUGUACAUGAUUGACAAAGCUCUGUACGGACUAAAGCUGUCAGGUAGAGAGUGGAACACGGAAGUGAACGCGUGGUUCCUUUGA